UUCCAGUGCUGCCUUAUGCGUGGAACUACAAGUCCCAGCUGGCUGCCCAGUUCCAUGCAAGGCCAAUGGCUGGGCACUUAUCGAGGCAUAAUCUUCUGGGCCUGGGCAAGGAACAGGCCUAUCCAGACCAUCCCUUUGCUCAGCCCCCAGAGAUUGUACCUCUGCCCUUUUCACAGCACUGUGGGUGACCCCCAAAAAUGAAAAUGCAUCAUUUGUUUCAUCAUGACCAUCAUAAUUAGCAUUAUCAACAUUUUCAUCAACAUUACUGACAUUAUCAAUCAACAUUUUCAUCAACAUUACUAACAUGAUCAAUAUCAUCAUCAGCAUUGUCAUCAUUAUCAUUAUCAACAGUCACGUUUAUAAUAU